UAUUUCCCCACCCUUUUACUCUUCAGAAAUCUGAAGCCUUUCUCAUUUUCCGAACAUCGGGAAAUAUGGGUGAUUCUCCGAAGCACCCCAAUCUGCCGGAUAAAGAUCGGGCGCCAAAAGCUCAAAGGCCAUGCGACUACUGUGGCGACUCCACUGGUAUUCUCUAUUGUCGAGCUGAUUCUGCGAAGCUCUGUUUCUCUUGUGAUCGUGAAGUUCACUCUACCAACCAACUCUUCUCGAAGCACACUCGAGCUCUGCUCUGUGAUGCCUGCAACGAUUCGCCGGCCACAAUACUCUGUUCUACCGAAAGCUCCGUUUUCUGCCAGAAUUGUGAUUGGGAACGGCACAACCUUUCGUUGUCUUUGGUGCACGAUAGGAGGCCACUCGAGGGCUUCACUGGGUGUCCUUCCGUGAGUGAGUUGCUAUCGAUUCUGGGUUUUGAAGAUUUGGGCAAGAAAGCCCUGUUUUCGACUGAGGAUAGUGGAGUGUGUGACGUCGGUAGUGGCGAUGGAUUUGUGGGAUCUGAGCUUGAGGAGGGCCUUUCGGACUUGUUCGUGUGGGAUGCUCCUGCUGUUGUUAGCCUUGACGAUUUGAUAAGUUCUACAAGCUCGUCUCACAAUUAUCAGGCCAUGGAGGUUCCUCCUCUGCCUAAGAACCGUAAGGCUGCUUGUGGGCAACACAAGGAAGAAAUCAUUAGUCAGCUUCGUGAGCUAGCAAAAUCGGAGCCCAUCCCUGAACAGUAUUUAAAGUCGGCAAGCUUGUCCACAGGUUUUGAACAUGAAUUCGAGGCUGAUAUUUUUCCUUCGUACGAGAGAAUAAUACAUAUGCAGACAAAUGUUUUAGAGGGGCAUAGAGAUAGUGAGACUGCAAAUCAAGUUGUUCCUCCUAAUACAUCGUUGUAUAAAGAAGAAGCUCUUGACUUCCAUUCAGUUUCCACUGUCUGUGGGAAUCAUACCUAUCUUAGCAGUGGAGGACAACUGAACUCUUUUAACUCUGAAAACUCAUCGACGACCCCAAAAGUUGCUUCGUAUGAGCUGACAAGUCAAGAAAGAGACUCUGCCUUAUUACGUUACAAGGAGAAGAAGAGAACAAGAAGAUAUGACAGGCACAUAAGGUAUGAAUCACGAAAAGUUCGGGCAGAAAGCAGGACAAGAAUCAAGGGUCGUUUUGCUAAGAUAGAACACUGAAGUUGUGGUAUAACGUCAGAACUGCAACACUGAUACAAGGUGGUUGUCAUUUAUUUCUACGAGCUAUUUUGUAUAUAGUGUACUUGUAUAUGACGUUGCGUCGAAUAAUUAUCCUUUGAGCUAAAGCUUAGAUAAUACAUGUAGCUAUGCUAGCAAAUGCAUAGAGUUACAGUACAGUGUCCCCAUGUAAUGAUAUUAUGUGGAGCUAAAGCUCAGUUUUCCCCCCCUAAUUUUCAGGA